AUGUCAUCAACGGACCGUGUUACUCGUCCUACGAACCCGGACGGGCUGGUGCUUGAGGCAUGGGGUCAGGGCUUGAUGGUAGGCUCUCUUCUGGUCAUGGCUGCAGUGACCGUUUCCAACAUGGAGAAGCACAAUCUGCUUCACAAGUUGAUUCUGGCAGAGCUUGUCCUCGCCAUGGGGCAUGGAACAUGGAUCUUCGCCCACGAGCCAGCGUAUGGCUGGUACCUCUCCGUCACAGCAAUCGGCCUCAACAUCUCCUGGAGCUUGCACAAUGUCAUCGCGUGGAUGAAGAAUCGUCCGUUCUUGUCGCAGCGGGUGUCGAGGUUCUACAUCAUCACCGUGUUGUUGGUGCAGCCGUAUUGGGUCCUGGAGAUCUAUGCUAACUUCACCUAUUUCAAUAAUAUCAAUAAGAUCUUUUUGACGACGCGUCCGCUUGAGCCUCUUUUUCGGCAUGUUUACGCCUUCUUUUCCUUUUCUUAUAUGCAAGUGUUCCCUCACUCACCUGCUAAUGCGGUAAAUAGUGACCCCUGGUGGGUCUUCACCACCUGCUCCCUCUUCUACACCAUCAAACGAGGAUACAACUUCGGCAUCAUAGAACUAGUGAAAGUCAGUCCCCGAUUCGGCGUCAUGCUGCUCUCCAUGUGUCUCUCCAUCGCCUUCAUCGUCGUCGACACAUGCAGCGUCCUCGACGCAUUCAAGGAUUCCCUGCCCACAGGGAUCGAACCGUUCUGGAAGCUCUCCUUCAUCUUCAAGUGCCUCUGCGACACCGUCAUCCUAGACGACUUCAAAACAGCCCUCGACAGAAUGCGCCAAUACUGGCUCCGAAAACAAGCCCAGGAUAGUGGCCUAUUCCUCAUCGGCCAGUCACCUGGCCAGGUGCGCGUCGUGCCCGACGAUCUCCAGCGAGGCGCGUCGUCCAUGGAGUCGAUGCCGAGAGCUCACACCGUGCCGCGCGCUGUGUUACCGCUAUAAACGGCCAAUCGGUCUGUCUAUCGAUAUAUGUAACAUAUAAUUGAAGAAUUUGUGGGAAAGGGGGAUAUAUAUAAGAGUCCAUGAUUGCAUGACUUGACGUGUUAUUAUUAUUAUUAUUGCUAUGGGACGUGGUACUGACGGUUAGGUGUCUUGUAUACCUCCUUUGCUAUUUGUAUACUAGCUUGGAUCUCAGUGUUACUUUUGGCAAGUUGCACUAUUGGGAGGAUUUCAUUGAAAGACAAACAAUGAUAUAACUAGAUUAGGUUCUACAAGAAACAUACAAAGAGCGAUG